AUGCAGCCCCUCCCAGAGAGCCUCUCGCCGAUCCGCGCCUACGUCGACCGAGCGCGCGAGCUGAAGAGCGUGAGCGCCGUCGUCUCCCACCAGCUCCGCCGCGCCCGCAAGCUGGACCGUCCAGAUACGGCGCCGACCCCGCGCGACCGUUGGGCGGUGCUCGAGGCGCCGCGGAUCGCUCAGGGGCUGCACGCGAGCGCGGUGCUUCUCGACGCGCUCACCCAGCACGGCCCGCUCUCCGCUACCGAACUCGCCGUCCUGCGUGCCGCCCACCAGCGCUCGCAGGCGACGGGGCGCACCUUCUACGUCGACUACGUCAACAAGGUGACCAGCUGGGACAGGCCGGGCGGGGAGGAGAGCGGAGAGUCGCGGGUGGACCGGGCGACGGGGAAGACGUACUACGUCGACUACGUCAACAAGGCGGAGGAGAGGAUGCAGCGGGACCUGAAGGCAGCGGCCGCCGAGGCUGCCAAGCAGCAGAUGGUUGCAGACUCGCUGCGCAAGGCGCGCGAGCAGGGGCUCGUCGUCACGCCGCCCGCCGGCAAGCCAGGCGGGGGAGGGGCAGCUCCAUCUUGA